AUGACUAUCAUUUUUAGCCCGCAGAAACACGCAUACAACGAUUGUCGGCCACCGGCGUACACGGGCACGCGUCCAAACUCGCAUACUCUGCUACGCGCCGAAACUGACAGAGGCUGUGUCCUGAGAAUACGUGAGAGUACUGCUUGCGUGACGGCUGUGGCCAACACGCCGGCACAGGCAGGACGUGCUUACACUUUGCAAGAGGCGCAGGACUUGUGCCACGCGCGCGCCCUCUACGCCUGUCCCCUUCGAGUCACGAAACAAUAUAUCGGAAAUGUGGUGGCGGUGCGUAUCCUUUUCGUACGUACUACAGCACUGCGCUUCUAUUCCACUUCAAGAAUGUGGCUGGCGGCAGCGCCGCGACGUCAGGCAACCUCGGGCCACGCCUCCUGGGGUCCGCCGCCGACGGCGGCAGAGGUGACUGACAGCAACCGGUGCACACAGGCGUCCGACACUACACCGGCAGCGGUGGGCUCCCAGCAGAUGCUUGAUGGUUCCGUGGAAGAGGAUGGAGAAGCAACUGACGGCCGUGGUACGCCAGAGGCUUCUGUACUCAGCGAAGAAACCCACCCACUUACUGACGAGGCCCGACCUGACAGCGCGCAGCCGGACAUUGAGGCGCAAAUCAGCGCCGAUUUUGAGGCAGCUAAACGCAGCGAGAACGCAGCCUCUGUGGAGAGUGAAGCUGAACUUUUGCACAGUGAGGACAGCUUCGUUGCAGGCGAGGACACUGACGUAGGGAGCCAGUACGGAUGUCUCCCCCCCUCAGACAGUGCGGAUAGCUGUGGAGGAGGCGAUGCGACGACACUUGAGUCCCAGCAAGGAGAGAACGGUUACACCGACGGGGCACGGCCCGAAAGACACGAUGCAGAUGUGAAUGAACGAAGGCUACAUCUCGUCGCUGAGGGCCCGGAUCGCGCCCCGGAGAAGGCCGUAGCCAACGGCGUGGAAGAUCAUACCAGUCGAGAGACUCCCUUGACAAUACUGAUGGCACACCCGAUGCGACGCCAGCUCCGCGCCCACCGUGGGAUUCUCCUGAAGAGAGCCUGA